UCUUCACGCUCGCGCUGCUGUGACGCGACGGAGGCGGCGGGAGCGGGAGCGGUGGGCUUUUUCCACAGGUGACGCCUGGAGAACGGGUGGACGUGCAGGCCGGGAACCACCCGGCUGCGCCCCCAGACUCUCCGCUGCCCACGAGUCUCGGAGUGGCACCCUCUCCUGGUCGUCUCCUCUCGUGGGGCCCGAAGAACGGGGCAAAGCCGAGUUCGUGCGCUGUACUGCGCGGGCGCGCGUUUCGUUCUUCGGGUUUGCCAUGGUUCUGUGACUCCCUAAAGGUUGAGGGCUACUGAAUUGGAAGAAACGCCAAGCUGGCUUCUGGGGGGCUGCCGGGCGCCGGGCAGCGUGCUUGGGCUGGGGAGGGCAGGGCGUGUUUACUCUGAGUAGAGCAACCGCAAAACCUCCUUUAGAAAAUACCCGUUCUGAGCUGCGGCGUUGGAGAGGCCGCCUGUCGUUCAGCCCCUUCAGACCCUCUCUCACUCCGUCUUCCGGAGCGUGAGUGAAGCCCGGGUGAGGUGUUUUCCCACACGCCGGGGGCCCGGAGCUGAGAAGGGGCAUGGCCAGCAUCACGCAGCUGUUCGACGACCUGUGUGAGGCCCUCCUGCCGGCUGCCAAGACUCACCUGGGCCAGCGCAGUGUGAACCGGAAGAGGGCAAAGCGGAGCCUCAAGAAGGUGGCCUACAAUGCGCUUUUCACAAAUCUUUUUCAAGAUGAGACUCAACAGCUGCAGCCUGACAUGUCAAAACUACCAGCGAGAAACAAGAUCCUCAUGUUGUCCUUUGACUUGAGAGUGGGUGGCCUGGGCCCCGAGGCCGACCGUCUGGAGGAGCUUGUGGAGGAGCUUGAAGCAGCCCCUUGCUGUCCGCUUUUGGAGGUGGGGUCUGUUUUGGACCUCCUGGUUCAGCUGGCAGGGAGUGGUCCCCCUCAACUUCUGCCGAGAAAUCGAGACUACUUCCUUAACAACAAGCACGUGGGGAGAAACGUUCCGUAUAGCGGCUAUGAUUGCGACCACCUGAGUGUGUUUGAGACGGACGUUCAGUCUCUGAUCUCCAGAGAAGAGUGUUUGUGUCACAGCAUGAUCCAGGAAACACUUCAGGUUAUGGAGGCUGCUCCAGGCACCGGCCUGCCCACCGUCGGGCUCUUCUCAUUUGGUGACUCUUGUGGUGACAGGUUUGAGAGAGACACCCGGGUCUCGCUCUUCGGGGCCCUUGUGCACAGCCGCACUGACGACAUGGACGUCCGACUGGGCCUGCCCCCCGUGCCAGACAAUGCAGACCUCUCUGGGCUGGCCAUUAAGGUCCCACCGAGUGUGGAUCAGUGGGAAGACGAAGGAUUCCAGUCAGCAUCCAACCUGACUCCUGAUUCUCAGUCUGAGCCCAGCGUGACCCCAGACGUGGACCUGUGGGAAGCCGCACUCACCUAUGAGGCCAGCAAGCGGAGGUGCUGGGAGCGAGUCGGCUGCCCCCCUGGCCACAGAGAGGAGCCUUACUUGACAGAGGCGGGAAGGGACGCUUUCGACAAGUUCUGCAGGCUCCGCCAAGGGGAGCUUCAACUGCUUGCUGGGGGCGUCCUACAGGCCCCACAGCCCGUGCUGGUGAAGGAGUGUGAGCUGGUGAAAGAUGUGCUGAACGUCUUGAUUGGGGUCGUGUCUGCCACGUUUUCCCUCUGCCAGCCGGCCCAGGCCUUUGUGGUGAAGCGGGGUGUCCACGUGUCGGGAGCGUCUCCCGAGAGCAUCAGCAGCCUGCUCUCGGAGGUGGCCGAGUAUGGGACCUGCUACACGCGCCUGAGUCACUUCUCUCUGCAGCCGGUCCUGGACUCUUCGUACAGCAAGGGCCUCGUGUUCCAGGCCUUCACCAGUGGCCUGAGGAGGUACCUGCAGUAUUACCGGGCCUGCGUCCUUUCCACUUCGCCCACCCUGAGCCUCCUCACCAUUGGUUUUCUCUUCAAGAAACUGGGCCGGCAGCUCAGGUACCUGGCCGAGCUCUGUGGCGUUGGUGCUGUGCUCCCAGGCACCUGCGGAGGAGGCCCCAGGGCUGCGUUUCCCACCGGUGUGAAGCUGCUGUCCUACCUCUACCAGGAGGCGCUGCACAACUGCAGCAACGAGCACUACCCUGUGCUGCUGUCCCUGCUGAAGACCAGCUGCGAGCCCUACACCCGGUUCAUCCACGACUGGGUGUACAGCGGUGUGUUCAGAGACGCUUAUGGCGAGUUCAUGAUUCAGGUGAACCAUGAGUACCUCAGCUUCCGAGAUAAGUCGUACUGGACACAUGGCUACGUGCUCAUCUCCAAAGAGGUGGAGGACUGUGUUCCCGUGUUUCUGAAGCACAUUGCCCACGACGUGUACGUCUGUGGGAAGACCAUUAACCUGCUGAAGCUCUGCUGCCCCCGGCAUUACCUCUGUUGGUCCGACGUCCCCGUCCCCCGGAUCUCAGUGAUUUUCUCCCUCGAGGAGUUGAAGGAGAUUGAGAAGGACUGUGCCGUCUACGUCGGGCGCAUGGAGAGAGUGGCCCGCCACAGCUCUGUCAGCAAGGAGGAGAAGGAAUUACGUAUGGAAAUUGCAAAACAAGAAUUAAUUGCUCAUGCCCGGGAAGCAGCAUCCAGGGUCCUGAGUGCACUGAGUGACCGGCAGAUGUCAGAACGGAUGGCCUUGGACGCCCGAAAGCGCGAGCAGUUUCAGAGGCUGAAAGAACAGUUUGUGAAGGACCAGGAGCGACGCCAGGCGGCCAGGCAGGAGGAGCUGGAUGAUGACUUCAGCUACGCCCGUGAGCUCCGAGACAGGGAAAGGAGGCUGAAGUCCCUGGAGGAGGAGCUGGAGAGGAAGGCGAGGCAGGCGCUGGUCGACCACUACAGCAAGCUCUCUGCAGAGGCAGCUCGUCGGGAGCAGAAGGCGCUGUGGCGAAUCCAGAGGCACCGACUGGAGAGUGCACGGCUUCGUUUUCUCUUAGAAGAUGAGAAACACAUUCAGGAGAUGCUGAAAGCAAUGUCUGAGGCUCACCAGCCCCAGGAGCUGCCAGACGUCCUCUUGAGCGUGCACCCCCAGGUCGCAUCUCCGGGUCCUGAGGACCCAGAGGGAGACCAAGGCUGUGAUGCUGGGCCUGCGGAGCAACACUCAGCUGCCUGGGAUGGCCGGAACAGGCCAGGCCUGCCGACCCCACAGUCCCUUAAGCCUCUAGCAAUGGGGGCUGGUGGCACAGGGCUGCAGCAGGCGGAGGAGGCCGGACCCUUCUCUGACAGCCUCAGCAUUGGAGACUUCCUACCUGUGGGCCCAGGGGCUGAGCAGUCCGUGCAGACUGGCAUGGUCCCUCUCCUGGAGGCAGCGCUGCAGACCAUCAACUUGGACCUGCCCCCCUCAGCUCCUGGGGAGGCACCCGCAGCAGCCAGCACUCAGCCUUCCAGGCCACAGGAGUACGACUUUAGUACUGUCUUGAGGCCAGCUGUGGCCGCUUCACCUGCACCAGGACCCCUGCAGGCUGCAGAGUGCAACUUGGGCAGCUCAGGGCCACAGCUGUGGGAGGACAGUUGUGGGAAGCUGGAUGCCUGUGGCUCCACCUUGCAGGUGGCUCUGUCCCCCUCACACCCACCCAGGCGUGCCGCUCUGAAGGAGGGGAGCAGCCAGCCCGCAGAGCAGCUCUUCGGGCAUGAGUCAGGAGGUGGUCUUCCCACAGGGGGCUAUGCUUCUGAAACAGCUCUUACCCAGCCACAGUGGAACAUCCACGGGCACGUGUCUGACGCCAGCAUCGGGGUCGGGGAGAACGUGUCUCAAGUGGCUCCCACCCGGCCACGGUGGAACAUCCAUGGACACGUGUCCGAUGCAAGCAUCAGCUUGGGGGAGUCCGUGUCAGAAGUGGCUCCCACUCGGCCACGGUGGAACACCCAUGGACACGUGUCCGAUGCCAGCAUCAGGGUCGGGGAGAACGUGUCGGACGUGGCUCCCACCCGGCCACGGUGGAACACCCAUGGACACGUGUCUGACGCCAGCAUCAUCUUGGGGGAGCCUGUGUGGGACGUGGUUCCCACCCGGCCACGGUGGAACACCCACAGACACGUGUCUGACGCCAGCAUCAGCUUGGGGGAGCCUGUGUCGGACGUGGUUUCCACCCGGCCACGGUGGAACACCCAUGCACCCGUCCCUCCGCCCCACAUGAUGCUGGGGGCUGUCUCACCAGAAGCUGAGCCCAACACACCCAGGCCCCAACAGAGCCCCGCUGGCCACACGUCCCAGUCAGCGUUCAGCCUGGGAGCACAGAGCACUGUGCUGGACUGUGGGUCACGGCUGCCUGUAGAAGUGGGGCCAUCUCUGUCCUCCCUCAGCUCAGGCUGCCGGGAGGAGAGCAUCAGCAUUGGGGAGAACGUGUCAGACGUGGCUCCCACCCAGCCAUGGUCGCCCAACACCCCGGGAGACGGCGUCUCUGAAGAACUAGGCCCUGGGAGGAGCGGGGACACUGAGGAGCCACUGAACUCACAGGAAAACGCAGCUGCCCAGAGCAGCCCAGGCCCUGGUGAGGAGGCGGCAUUGGCGGCGGAGGCUCAGGGCGGUGAGCAGGCCUACCUGGCAGGCCUGGCAGGGCAGUACCACUUGGAGCGGUACCCGGACAGUUACGAGUCCAUGUUAUGUGCUCCAUCUCCUGCAGCUGAGCCACCCAUCGCUCACCUUUUGCGCCCUGUGCUUCCCCGGGCCUUCGCCUUUCCCGUGGACCCCCAGGUCCAGUCUGCCGCGGAUGAGACUGCUGUGCAGCUGAGCGAGUUGCUGACGCUGCCCGUGCUCAUGAAGCACUCCAUCACGGCACCAUUGGCCGCCCACAUCUCCUUGGUGAACAAGGCUGCCGUCGACUAUUUCUUUGUGGAGCUGCACCUGGAGGCGCACUACGAGGCGCUGCGGCACUUCCUGCUGAUGGAGGACGGCGAGUUCGCCCAGUCCCUCAGCGACCUCCUCUUUGAGAAGCUUGGGGCCGGGCAGACACCCGGGGAGCUGCUCAACCCGCUGGUGCUGAACUCUGUGCUGAGCAAGGCCCUGCAGUGCAGCCUGCAUGGGGACACCCCGCACGCCUCCAACCUCUCCCUCGCCCUCAAGUACCUGCCCGAGGUGUUUGCCCCCAACGCCCCAGAUGUGCUCAGCUGCCUGGAGCUCAGGUACAAGGUGGACUGGCCGCUCAAUGUUGUCAUCACUGAGGGCUGCCUGAGCAAGUACAGCGGCGUCUUCUCCUUCCUGCUGCAGCUGAAGCUCAUGAUGUGGGCGCUCAAGGAUAUCUGCUUCCACCUCAAGCGCACAGCCCUGCUGAGCCACAUGGCCAGCUCCGUGCAGUUCCGCCAGCUGCAGCUGUUCAAGCAUGAAAUGCAGCACUUCGUGAAGGUCAUCCAGGGCUACAUCGCCAACCAGAUCCUGCACGUCACCUGGUGCGAGUUCAGGGCCAGGCUGGCCACCGUGAGCGACCUGGAGGAGAUCCAGCGUGCACACGCAGAGUACCUGCACAAGGCCGUCUUCAGGGGCCUGCUCACGGAGAAGGCGGCGCCUGUCAUGAACGUCAUCCACAGCAUCUUCAGCCUCGUGCUCAAGUUCCGCAGCCAGCUCAUCUCCCAAGCCUGGGGCCCCGCUGGGGGCCCGCGGGGUGCAGAGCACCCCAACUUUGCACUCAUGCAGCAGUCCUACAACACCUUCAAGUACUACUCCCACUUUCUCUUCAAAGUGGUGACCAAGCUGGUGAACCGCGGCUACCAGCCCCACCUGGAGGACUUUCUGCUGCGCAUCAACUUCAACAACUACUACCAGGACACCUGAGGCUGCUCUGCGGGGGACAUGCACAAUAAAGGUGUCCUCAGACCCUG